UUCACUCACUAGAUUUUGGAGAGAUUUCUCAAAUUCCACUUUCACCAAGCAUUUCCCUUGGAGUCCCGUGCCAAUGACGCGCUACCUGUACGCUGACCAAAUUUUGGAGGCCUUCAACGUGUUCCACCGACCACUCCACCUGGACGAGGUGGCUGCCUACGUGGCCGAAAUGGAGGGCAAGGCUGUUGACGAGGUGCGUUUGGCGGUGGACAACACGCUGACUGCCGGUUGGAUGCACGGCUUCCUGUCCACGGAGCACGGCCUGUUCACGCUGAUCUGCGGCUACUGGGAUGACAGCCAGCCGAAGGAGAAACAGCGCACAGCGCAACCAAUGCUAAGGAGUUCGUAGUGAAUCAUUUUGAAUGGGAAAUCCUCGCGAGCUGCCGUGGGAGCUUUGGAUACAACUCAACUAAAUUGCUCAGCAAAUAAACUGUAUUGCCACAA